GGAGGGAUGCUUGGUCUAGAGUUCCUCAGGCCGCACUGUUUGGUGUUGACCAACUCCUUCGCGGAUACGGGGUUGUGGAACAUGUCAACUAGGGAGCUCAGCAAGGCCUUCCCGAACGAUAUACAGAAGGGGCUGGCUGUCGGCGUGCUGGAUACAGAAACAUACGGAAAGACGCUCGGAGUAUUCCACAAGAACCGCGGAUGUCUUGUCGAUCCGUGGCCGGAAGAGCUGGUGUAUUGA